CCUCAUCUUCUUCCUCAGCAUCCUCCCACUCAAAUCUUCUCCAUUCAUUCUAAAUCAAACAUUCAGUUCAAUGACGUCAAUUAAUUCAUCAUCAUCAUCAAACAAAAUCACCAAAAAAAAAAAAAGAAAGAAAAAAGAAAAAAAGCUACUGGGUUCGAUCGAGCCAGCAGAUUUGCUGGCUCAAUCAAACCCAGCAGAUCGCGUUGGGUUCAAUCACCCAGCAGAUUUACUGGGCUUGAUCAAACCCAGCGCAUCUGCUGGGUAUCGAACCCAGCAGAUUCCCUGGCUCAAUCGAACCCAACAGAACUGUUGGGUUCGAUUGAACCCAGCAGAUGCGUUGGGUUCGAUUGAACCCAGCAGAUGCGUUGGGUUCGAUCACCCAGCAGAUCUGCUGGGUUCGAUCGAGCCAGCGGAUCUACUGGGUUCGAGAACCCAGCGGAUUUACUGGGUUCGAGAACCCAGCAGAUCUGCUAGGUUCGAUCGAGCCCAGCGAAUCUGCUGGGUUCUUGAACUUGAUAGCUCUGCGGGGUUCUCAAACCCAGUAAUGCUAGAGGUUGAAGAGGAAACAAGUAUACAAUUUGAAUCUGGUUUCGGGGAAGGAGGAGUGCUGGGAUUUGUUCUUGCUGUGUCAUUUGCGAAACGUGGGGAGGGGGAUAGAGUGGACAGUGCCCUAAAAGACAUGGCAGUUGUGAUGAAGCAACUCGACAGAACUGAAGAAGCCAUUGAAGCUAUCAAGUCCUUCAGGGGUCGUUGCUCAGAGAAAGCGCAAGAAUCUCUCGACAAUGUUCUCAUGGAUUUAUACAAGAAAUGUGGGAAAGUAGACGAGCAGAUUGAGUUGUUGAAGCGAAAGCUGAGACAAAUAUACCAGGGAGAGAUCUUCAAUGGAAAACCGACCAAGACAGCUCGCUCCCAUGGAAAGAAGUUUCAGGUUUCAGUCAAGCAAGAAACUGCAAGAUUGCUGGUAUGGGAAUUUGGGGUGGGCGUACAUGCAGAAAUCAAACUACUUAACGGCCGAGGUGGUGUACCGGAAAGCCCAAAUGAUAGAUCCCGACGCCAACAAGGCCAGCAACUUGGGACUUUGUCUGAUCAGGCAAGGCCGGUACGAGGAUGCGCAUUCGGUGCUUGGAGAGAUUUUGCAAGGAAAGCUUCCGGGUUCGGAGGACUGCAAAGCAAGGAAACGGGCGGAGGAGCUGUUAACGGAGGUGGAAGCCAUGCAACCGGCGAUGGGGUUGUCGGACCUUAUGGGCCUUGAUGACGAUUUUGUUAAUGGGCUUGAGAAGUUGAUGAAUGUAUGGGCUCCUGCUAGGUCCAAAAGAUUACCCAUUUUUGAAGAGAUCUCUUCAUUUAG